CUAUUUCCAGGAGACCCUUUUUUUGUAAGAUAGUGAAGAGAGUGCAAAACUGUCAUGCUUUCUGCAGAAUCACCAUAUUGAGUGUGUUCUGGGCAGUUUUGGUGCCAUGCUAAGUGCAGUGAUGGCCAGAGUUUGGUUAGCUUUGUGUUCUCUGUUUUUCUUAUUUAAUUGCACACUCUGCCUGGACAUAAGUCAAAUCCAAGUUCCUACAAAUGGUGGAGUCUCUGGUGUGUUCUUAGUCCAAACCAAGACCACACAGUACAGUUUUAAUGCCACCGCAGCCACAGAGGCAUGUAAGGCUAUUAACAUGAGGAUUGCUGCAAAGGCUGAAGUGGAGACAGCAAAUAAAAAUGGUUUACAGACAUGCAGGUUUGGUUGGGUUGAAGAGCAAAUUGCAGUUAUUCCUCGAACUGAGAAAAGCCCAAAAUGUGGUAAAAACAGCUUAGGUGUUACUGUCUGGACAGCUGAGAUCAGCAAAAUGUUUGACGUUUACUGCUUUAAGCCAGAAGGUCCUGAUGCACAGUUUGAAACCACGAACACCCGAACACCCGAACCUACAACAGAAGGGGGAAGAACACCAUCAAACAACUAUUCUUCUACUAAAACAACACGUCCAUCAUCCAUACAGCCAACCUCUUCUCCAGCCAGAUCUCUUCACCACUACACAUCCACCCAAUCUUUUUCCUUUGUUGUCAACACUUCCUCUACAACAAUAACCCCAAUCGGUCUUUCUAGCAUCAGUGACAGUUUCCAGGCAACACCAAGCCCUCAGUCUCUCUCAUCUCUCAGUACCUUGACCACAAUCUCGACCUCGUCACAGAUGGCUACACCUAACACUUCCAUUAGAGAAGUCUCCAAAGCACUUGUUAUCCUUUCUGUUAUGCUACUACUCUUGGUGGCAGCAGCAGGUGCUGCUUGGUAUCUCAAAAUCAAAAGAGGUCAACAGUUUCCAUCGUGGACCAGAAUGAGACCAAAACAGAUCACUGAAACCGAGAUGUGGAGGCACAUAAGUAAGAGGCAUUGUGUGCCAGAACAGGCCAGCAAAGACAACAACAACAGAAAAAGCAACAACAUCAUUCUUCAAAUGGAACAAGAUCCAGACUCACCCUAAGAACUGAGAGAGAGAGAGAGAGAGAGAGAGAGAGAGAGACCACAAAGACUAAAAAAUGGCAAUUAACAAGACUGUAAAAAGCAUUUAACUUGAUACAUAUAUGUUUACUUUGCUGCCCUUUAUAUUGAGUUCAACUAAUCAUUAAUUUCUAUGUAAAUAAUGUGCAACUGAAGUAAAUACUCUUUGCUUGUA